AUGGAUAAUCAUAAAGCUACAGUAGCGUUCAAGACGUUAAAAUCAAACUUGGUAAAUUUGCCUUCCAAUUUAACCAACUUACUAUUCACUGCCAAUAUUCAAGUCCAAGAUGUCAUUAUAGAAAUAGUCACACAACCAACACCAGGUCAACAACUGAAAGGGUCCAAUAAAUCAUAUGCUGGAUGGUCAGGUAUGUCUUCAUCUACAUUACAGAGUUUAGAGAUUGACCCUGUUUUUGCUCAAUCUUUGUCUAUUCCUGAUAAAGCAUCAAUUUAUAUCAGUUUGAAAUUGGGUAACUACGAAGCAUCAAAUAUAAACUUGGAGCCUUUAACAAGCUCAGAUUGGGAAGUUGUGGAAUUAAAUGCACAAUUAAUUGAAGACAAAUUAUUAAGUCAAACACGUUGUGUUGCGUUGAAUCAAAUCUUGGUGGUUUAUCCAAAUGCCACUACCACUGCUAAAUUGAUUGUUACAGAUAUUGGAUCCACCGUACACAAGUAUGCUAAAGUGUCUCCCUAUUGUGAGAUUGCCAUUGCUCCCAAGGUGAGAAAGAAGAGUGAAGUGGCGGAAACUACUAGUGUUAGUAGUCAAAAGAGUACAUCAAAGAAGGAGGAUUACAAUGCGUUACCACUGGUUUUGAAAAGAGGAAUUAGUUUGCCUCACAAGCUAUACAAUGAUGUUGAUGAUACAGGGUAUAGAGUGUUUGUAAAUCGUGCUGAGAUUCCAGAUGGUUUUGGCGCGUAUGUUGCCGUGUCUAUUCUUCCUGGACCAAACGAUUUAAAAAACACAUUGGCUAAUGAAAACGAUAUUAAGGAGAAUAAGAGGAUAAUAGCUGAGCUUGUAAAUUAUAAGGGUAUCUCCAACAAUAUAGGGUUAUCCAAAAGUUUGGCUAUUGCUUUAAAUGCAUACGAUCAAACAGGGAACAUUGUUGUUUUGAAACCAGCUGUCAAGGAGUUACCCAAACGUCCAACGACAUUCAUUAUCCAUCCAUAUGUCAUCAACUCAAAUAAAAAAAAGGAAGUGAAUCAAACUAAAACUGCGAAAUUGACAAAACAGUUGACUGAUGCAUUGUAUCCUCAAAUUUCAACAACUGCAGUAACUAACUUUGUAAAAAUUCCCAGUAUCUCAGGACUGUUACCUCAUGGUGGUGUUUUAAAGUUUCGCAAGAAUGACAAUUAUAACGCUUGGAUCAAACCCUACGAUCUUAAUAGGAAAAAACCGAUCAAGAUUGAAAUUGGUGAUGAUUUACUUCGCCCACAAUCAUUUAUUCAGGAGCCUCAACAAGAGUCAGCAUCCAAAGAAGAAGAUAAGCCUAUUGGAAUUGAAAAGACCGUAUCUGACUUGGUUGACUCGUUCCUUGUGUCUUCUAAUACGGGAACCCUAGUUUAUGGGAACUCGGGAAGUGGCAAAACAUUGUACCUCAACCAAAUUAGCAAUAUCCUACACCAAGAUCAUGGAUAUUUCAUAAAAUUUGUGUCCUGUGAAACUCUCAUGAAUGAAUCGUUUCAAAAUUUAUCCAAGAAUCAUAUUUUUAAAUGGUUACAACAAUGUUCAUGGAAUAAACCAUCAUUGUUAGUUCUUGAUAAUGUUGAUAAAAUAAUGAAUAUUGAAAUGGAGAAUAUGGAUGCGACAAAAUCCAAUCAAACUACGGAAUAUUUGAUUUCUCAGUUAUCAAAAUUGCAUAAUCAAGCAAAUUCCAACAUUUCAAUUCUUUGCUCUUCAAGUUCAAAAGAAAGUUUGAAUAAACUCCUACUUGGUUCACAUUUAAUUGAAAAUUAUUAUCAUGUAACUGCUCCGGAUAAGCCUUUACGUUUCCAAAUUAUUGAAAAGUAUUUAACUGCGGAUUUAAAAUGCAAAUUAGACGUGGACUUGAUGGAUUUGGUUGGUGAAACUGAAGGGUAUUUACCUAAUGAUUUAAAGAUUCUUUGUCAUAGAAUAUACCAUCAAUGUUUAUCCAACCCAGUCGAAGGUAAAGAAUCUGAGAAUGUUGUUGAGACUAAUCAUAUCGAUAAUGCGCUAAGUGGAUUUACACCAUCGAGUUUACGUGGUGUCAAGCUUCAAAAAUCAGGAACUAGCUGGUCAGACAUUGGUGGGUUAACGGAAGCUAAAAAGAUUCUUUUGGAAACACUUGAAUGGCCAACGAAAUAUGCCCCCAUCUUUGCGAAUUGUCCAUUGAGACUUCGUUCCGGUAUUUUGCUUUAUGGAUAUCCAGGUUGUGGUAAAACAUUGCUAGCUAGUGCUAUUGCAGGACAAUGUGGAUUAAACUUUAUUUCCAUCAAAGGGCCUGAAAUUUUAAAUAAAUACAUUGGUGCUUCGGAGCAAAGCGUUCGAGAAUUGUUUGAACGUGCUCAAGCGGCAAAGCCAUGUAUUUUAUUCUUUGAUGAGUUUGAUUCCAUAGCCCCCAAAAGAGGACAUGAUUCCACUGGUGUUACCGAUCGUGUAGUUAAUCAAAUGUUGACUCAGAUGGAUGGUGCCGAAGGCUUGGACGGAGUGUAUGUCCUCGCGGCUACUUCGCGACCUGAUUUGAUUGAUAGUGCAUUGUUGAGGCCUGGUAGAUUAGAUAAAAGUGUUAUUUGUGAUAUGCCUAAUUAUGAAGAUAGAUUGGAUAUAUUGAGGAGUAUAACUACCAAGAUGGAUUUAGCUGAUGAUGUGAAGUUGGAAGAGAUUGCUGAAAAGACCAAUGGUUUCAGUGGUGCUGAUAUGCAAGGGUUGGGAUACAAUGCUUACUUGAAAGCUGUUCAUGUGAGAUUAGAGGAAUUGGAAGCUAAAGAUAAUGCUGAACAAGACAAGGAUGUCGAUGAGACUGCCGUGGAAUUUUUCAAAGUUGGUGAUCAGCCGAAAUUGAAAAACACUGAGAGGGUGAAAUUGUUGCAUCAAAUUCAACAAUUUGUAGCUAAUGAAAAACUGGCUGGUGAAAACAACCAUCAACAAUCGAAACUGUCUCAUAUUGAACAACCUAAGGUGCUCAUUACUCAGGAUAAUUUCGUCGAGUCACUUAAAGAGACUAAACCUUCAAUUUCACAUUCAGAAAAAACUAAAUUAGCCAAGAUUUAUUCUCAAUUUAUUGAUAGUAGAGAUGGUAACAUGCCUGAUGGAAGUGCAAGCAAUGAAGUUGGUGGAAGAACUACAUUGAUGUAA